UUUUUGUAAUGGCUUCCUGUUCUGCCUUCGCACUGUGAAAUUAUUUUUUAACAUUUAAACCAUUUAAAAUGUUUAAAAAUCAUAUAAAAAAUGUGACAUUUUGUGCGUUAAUAUAUCGCAAAUACCAUCGCAAAGAAUAAAAGUUUAUUGUGCAUUGGAAUAACGAGUGAAAUCAAAGAAAUAUUCUGACCAUAUUUUCUUCCAGUUGUUUUUUUUUUUUUUUUCUUAACUACCAAACCAUCUACCAAACCAAACCUCACUUGCAUUCUUCUACUUUAUUUUUUUUUUUGUUGUUUCCAUGUGCACUUGUGCUUUUAUGCUAUUAGUUUUUGCUAUUGGAAUUUAUUAAAUAAAUUAAAUUUAAUUCAAAAUGGAUGAGAGGACAUUAAAUGAUCUAUUAGAAUGUUCAGUUUGUUUGGAUCGCCUGGAUACGUCCUCCAAGGUUUUGCCUUGUCAACAUACCUUCUGUCGAAAAUGCCUUGAGGUGAUUGUCGCUAGUCGACAGGAACUCCGAUGUCCGGAAUGUCGCGUGUUAGUUGAUAUAAAAAUAGAUGAGUUGCCACCCAAUGUAUUGCUUAUGAGAAUUUUGGAAGGUAUGAAAAACGCAGCAGCCAAUCAGCACAAUUUAAAUAAAUCUCCUAAAAUCAUGAACACACCCAUGUUACAUCCUGAAGGAGGACAAGUAAUAAAUGCUCUUGUUGGUGGAGGUCCUGUUGGUGGUAUGACCAUAAUGAAUAUUGCAGAACAACGCGUUCCAAAUCUUAAUCCAACACAAAAAGAUAAAUUCGUAAAAUGCCCAGUUACCGAUCAGAUGAUACAAUCAGCACCCACCCACCCACACAAUAAAAAUAUCAACAUCAAUGAAAUGCACCAACAACAACAGCUACAUCAAUCAUUUCCACCAAAUCCACAACAGCACCAUCAACAUCAACAACAUCAGCAACAACAACAAAACACACAGCCCACACAAAAUCCAUCAAAUGCUAAUAAUGAACGAGGAUAUGUGCCACGUGUUUUUGCUCUUUAUGAUUUCCAAUCGAAAGAACCCAACGACUUGUCCUUCAAGAAAGGCGAUGUGAUUCUUCUUCGAAGAAAAGUCGAUGCUAAUUGGUUUGUUGGAGAACUAAAUGGUCGCGAAGGAACAUUCCCUCUUAACUAUGUCCAAGUAAUUGUACCCUUGCCUGUGCCACAAUGCAUUGCACUGUAUGACUUCAAAAUGGGACCAAACGAAGAAGAAGGUUGCCUUAAUUUCAAAAGAGGCACAAUGAUUCAUGUCCUCCGACGAGUUGAUCAUAAUUGGGCUGAGGGUCGAAUCGGAUCUUGUAUUGGAAUUUUUCCAAUUGCAUUUGUCGAAAUGAAUGCCUUGGCUGAACAACUACUCGAUGGUAGUCUCCAGGUUCAACCGACAAACAACCAUCAGCAACAUAUGCCCAAUGCAACUCCCAGAAAUCUUCCUCCAAUACCAUUCGAUUCGAGUGCAAAUGAUUCGACCAGCAGUUCAUCCACAGUUACGACAACAAGUCCAAAUUCGACUUGUAGCAGUAAUUCGAGUUCGAAUUCGAUUCCAAGUAGUCCCGGAUCAAAUCCUACAUCGCCUCAAAACAAUCCAGCUGUCAAGUAUAGGGAUUACAAGGAGAAGCGACAUUCAUUGAACGCACUAACUUCGGGAGUAGGUCUUAGCAUAAUUCAAUCGAAUCGACAUUCGGCGGAGAUACUAAGUGUUCCAGUUUCAUCGACCGGAGGUCAAGAGAGCGGCUCGAAUCAAAUGCAAAGUGGAGGACAAGCUGCUCAAAGUGCAAGCACAUCUUCAAGAGGUUUAAAUUCUCUUGGAUCUACAAUGCGCGAACAGAAUUCAGCUCCAACACAAAGUCGGGUUAACGUCCUAAAGACUGGAGGUCAACAGAAUGUUCCACCCUCAUUACCUUGGGGCUAUCUGGCAUUGUAUCCAUAUAAACCUAGGAAAACUGAUGAACUCGAACUUAAAAAAGGCUGUGUGUAUAUUGUGACUGAAAGAUGCUUGGAUGGAUGGUUCAAAGGCAAAAACUGGCAGGAUAUGUCAGGUGUUUUUCCCGGCAAUUAUGUGACCCCUUUGCGAAGUCGCGAUCAACAACAAUUGAUGCAUCAAUGGAAAUUCGUUCAAAACAGCCAACCAGCAUCGCCACAAAUUCAAAGUCCAAAUACAAAUCAGAUGACAAAUAACUCAGCUGCACCGAAUCCGAUAAACAUUCUGGAGAACAUUAAUAUUCGACUAUGUCAGAUGUCGAGUGUACCUCAUCAACCGCCCGAGCUGCCACCACGCAGUGCAGGAGGUGGCCCGUCAACUGCAUCGUCUUCUUCGGCUUGGACAAAACCAUUAGGCCAUCAUAUGGAAUCAUUUUUUGGUCGAAAAUCACUAAACGGACAACAACAACAAACGCAACAGCAACAACAUGCUGCAGUCCAAGCAGCAUCGCAAACAGGAAAAAGACUAGCCAACAAAGACUCGAAAGAUAAACACAGUGGACAAGAAAAAGACAAACAAAAAGACCAACAACACAACCCAUCGUCUUCAUCGUCAGCUGUAAGCUUGAUGAAGAGACUUACCAAUAUAAAACGUUCCAAAUCGCCAAGUUCGAAUCAUGUGACUAACAAUCAAACAGUCAAUACAUAUUCCAUGGAUAAUCCAUCCUUUGAGGAUACUGUAGCACCAACUAACCAACAACAAACUGCUGCAGUACCUCAACAAGCACCGACACAACUACCCCCACCACCUUCAAACACAUCAAAUGAUCGUGUAACAAAUAGCAAUGUUACAUUGCAUCCUGUUCAUGUUAGAUCUGGUUCUUGUCCAAGCCAGCUUUUGCAAAGUCUGCCAGUUGAUUUGAAUAAUGGUGGUGGUGGGUAUAUUUCUAAUGAUUUAAAUCAAUCGUCAUUUGGAUCGCAGAGGCUUAAAGGCAACAAAGAACGACCACAGUUACAGGGCCUGCGGCAACAUGUAGAUGGUACAUUUCGACUGGCAGCACCUGGUGGCGGCACAUCUUUACUAAUAAGCACUUCAUCCAAUAACCCAUCGAAUAAUAUACUUUUGAAUAAGUGUCAACAAUCAGUAUCCACAUCCGCCGCUCAACUGCCUGUAGUGAUUCAUCAUAGAAAAUCACAGAGUCUUGAUGCGAAUACAAUUUCAACCCAAUUGACCAAUAAUUCACCAGGCGGCGGAGGUGGUGGGGGAGGAGGAGGAGCCGCUAAAGGUUCUUCACACGUUCGAGAAAGCAGGUUCCGAUGUAUUGUAUCGUAUCCGCCAAAUAGUGAACUCGAACUAGAACUGAAUGUUGGGGAUAUUGUUUAUGUGCAUAGAAAACAAAAGAAUGGCUGGUACAAAGGAACACAUUCUCGGACAAAUAAAUCGGGACUGUUUCCAGCUUCCUUUGUUGAACCUGAUAUAUAAGUUAACUUUUAAAAAUAUUUUUUUUUAUUUUGUUUGAACAUUUAUUCAAUUUUUUUUUAUCUUAUUAAGUUUUUCAAUUUCAUAUGAAAACUGCUUUAAAUUGUUACAUAACUUUUUUUUUCAAAUAUUUAUAUCCCAUCUAUCAUAGAUAAAAAAAAUAAUAUGUUAAACAUAUUAUAUUCUCGAAAGUCAAAAUAUAUACAAAUCCCAUUACUAUCAAAUCAAAACUUACAAGUGAAAAAGUUGAGAUUUAAGUAAUUUUUAUUUUUAAAUAAAAACAAACUGAAACUAUGCAUUUUUGUGAGAGCCAAUAAAAAUGCUGUUAUAAAGAAGAAUUUUUUUUUAUCAAACACCAAAAACUUGUAUUUUUCCGUAACCAUUCGGAACAAACUGUUGAUUGAAGUGAAACAGAGGUGACAGUGGACAGAAUGAGUGAUAUAGAGGCAAUAGAAAAGUUCUGAAUGGAUAGAAAUUUAGUAUCAUAUGCUCUUCACAUGCUUCAAUUUUUCUUAAAUAGAUAAUGCCUGUUUUUGGUUUCACCGGAAAACUUUUCCCCCGAAAAAAAGGCUAAAAAAUCUCGUUUUCGAAAAAAAUUAUUUAACGAGAAAAGUUGUCAGGAAUGCAGAAACAUACACUUUGUUUAAGUCAUUUCGAAAUUGUGGUAACAUCAAAAACUUAAAAAUUAUGUAAAUUAAAAAUGAUUAUCGUCAGUGAUAAAGUUACAGAACAUGAACUCGUCAUAUAAUAGGUCGGCAAGAAACAAAAAAAAAGGAAGCAAGAACUUUGUUAGGAGAUUUUAAUUGUAUUUAGUGUCCUGAAUUGAAAACUGUUUAAAGAUUUCUUCCAUCACGUCUAGUCUAGUGAAAAAAAAAAAAAACAAUCAAAAUACAUAAUAAAUUUCUUUUUCCAAUAUUUUUGAGAAAAAUCUAAUUUUGAAAAAAAAAAAAAUAUAAAUACAUUUAGGACGAUUCACGGCGCUGGUCACCCUAAGGACGCUUCAUUAUGACGUUUUGAGAUUGCAUGUAAGUAGUUUUGCAAAAAAAAAUCUAAAAACGCAUUUUUGAUCUUUUAAUAUUCAAGUAUUUUAAAAACGUGAUGUGCCAGUAAAAGUAGGAUUUGGUUCAAGCUCUAUUUACUAUUUGACGUUGACGACCAGUGUUAUUAAUAAAUCAAGUUUAAUUUUUUGUAGGCCUUAAAUCUGGAUUCAUUGCUACCACAUUUAAAUUAAAACUAUUUUUAAACCUAAUGCUUUAGUCCACGAAAUUAUUUUCUUUUUCUGGAACAACUUUUAAUUAUUAUUUAGUUGUAUGUAAAAAAUUCUUUGAUAGGGCGAUUGACAUCAAUGCAUAUUACUCGAGUUCAUUUUAUUUUAGAAAUAAUAGUUUUGAUGUUUACAAACGCAAUCGAACAAUAUUAUCUAAUUAUUCCACCACGUUGAUAAUAAAGUAAUGGGGUUUUCGUUUGGUAAAUUUAUAUACGAAACAAAUACGUUUUCAGAUUAAUUUUUAUUUGCAAUAGUAUUGGUGUGUAUUUGUGUCUAUGAACCAGGCAGCGAUCGCAGUUGUCAAAUUUUGAUUUGACCGUAGUUUUUUUUAUCCGAAAAUGAGCUGGGCGAAUAAAUUAAUUCACUUAAAAUUACUACCAUUUGAAUUCAAAACUAUUUUAAUUCUUUCUUAAAAUCGAAACAAAUUAUUGUCAAACAAAAACUUGUCAAACUGAUUGAUGAAAAUAGUAAUGCAUAGUGGUAUUAGUAAAAGAGUGGUAAAUCUGCCGAAAAAUCCAGAUGUGGAAAAUUGAUCUAAGAUCAAAAAAUAAAUCAAUUUUUUUUUGGCCAAACGAAGGCAAAAAUUGUCAAAAUCAGUUUUUUGACAGAUCUAAAUCAAAAAAUAAAUUGAUUUUUGUACCAAACGAAAACCCCAUAACAUAAACAUAUUUCACUUGUAAGUAAGUAGGUAUUCCUAUUUUGUUUCAGUUAGCUCUAGACAUGACAUUAAAUUCAAUUCCUUCAACACAAAAUUUAAAUAUAAACGUCUUGCUCAUAAUAACUUAAAAAAAUGUUUCCCAUCAAAUUUCAAACCAAUCAACAAACCAAAGCAUUUAGACAACAUUGCCUUAAUAACAACCAUUUUUUUUAAUAAACUGCCCCGAAAUUUAUUUAUUUAUUAUUUUUUGUCUAAAUUUUCAUUUUUUGUUAUUUUUAAUUCAAUAAAAAAUAAAAAGUUAACAUAAAAAAUCUCUAUUGACAUUAUACCCUCAUAGUGAUUAAAAAAAAUAAAAUAAAAACAAAACAAAUUCUUAUUGCAAUAUUCUUUAAAAGAAUCUUUUUGAAUAUUUUUUUUUUAAUUUUUAUUAUUUUAGUUUUAAGCACAACAUUUAUUUAUAAGAAUAAAGAUAAAAUUUAAAUUAGUAACAUUUACAUAGAUAUGAAAAAAACAGAGAACAAACAAAACUUAAAUAUUAAAAAAAACAUUAUUAUGUUAUUAGUUAGAAAAUUAAAAAAAAGUAAUACUAUCUCGUUUAUUAGUUAGUAUAAAAAAUAACAUUAAAAUUAGCAACGUUUUUUGAAAUGCCAUUUAUGCUAUAUAAUAUAAUGUAAAAUGAAUUAAAAAUAAAAAUACAGUAGAUACAAAUGAUAAAAUAACAACUAUAUAUUAAUUCUUAAAUCAAAUUCAUUUGUCAAAGUUUUGCAAACACAAAUGGUACGUCAUUGUUCUUUCUAAUGCUCUACUACAGCGAGUCACCUACAAAAAAAAGAUAUUUUUCUUUAGAUGCAUCUUUUGCCAACAAAAUUCGAGAAAAAGCCUUUUUCUUGUUCAUAAUGUGCCCAGUUUUGAAUUUAAUUCUAGUUUUAAUUUUUUUCCGAAGGUCAAUGCUAAACAGACGAACACGGUUAUCGCAAGUCAAUUUCUUUGAAUCUUACGUGAAAUAAUGUUGAAACGAAUUCGACGUAACUGAUAGAGUAUUAACGCAUUACUAGGAGUAAAAGGGAAAAUGGGAUCUACAAUUCUUAGCUCAGAGAAAAAAAGAAGAUUAUUUCUGUAGAAUAAAAACUAACGCUUCUUCAUUAUUUUUGAAUGAAAUGUCCGUUAAUUCUCCUUAAAUUGAAUUCCUUCUGAAAAGAUUUGAGGAAAUUUCUUUCCAACAUCAGGAACUGUCCUCUCGUGCUUUCAUGUCAAAUAUAAGUAGGUAUACAUAUGUACUGCUUAUUUUCAAAUACGGCUUCAUAUUGCCCGUGUUCAACGUAGACCAGCUAAACUUAUGUUCAGAAGAGGAUCUAAUUAGUAAGUGUGCCUACACUUAUUUUUCUUUUAUUUACUCAAUUAAAUGAUAACACAAAAUUUAACGAGUCACUUUGUUUUGUUCUAUGGAAACCAAUAUGAUUAUUUCAAUUCGAAAUUGAGAAUAUUUGUUAAAAGUAAAAAACAAAUAUCCAAACUCAACUAACAAUUCCGCUUACUUAAAGCGGUAUAAAAAAACAAUAUAACAUUGAAUACACAGUAAAUCCGAUCAUUGUAUUAAAUGAUUCAUAAAUUAUUUACUCAUUUAGUGGGAACUUUUUAUUUAUUUUAAUGCAAUUUUUUACUUUUAUGCUAAUCAUAACACUCAUAAUUCCUGCUGUGCAUUCCUUACCACUUGAUUAGAGGACGCUAUCGCAACUAAAACACUAUUCAGGGGUCUUACAAUGUAGUAUUGAUAGUUUCAACUUGGUUUAAAUGAUUGUUUUCAAUAUAAUCGUACCCACAUAAGAUCGUUUAAAUCGAUUGAUACUGGCAGUUACGUGUUAGAACAUUGCACGAUACUGCUCAUGACGUAUCUUAGACCACAAAAUCUCGCUUCAUUCUUGCUGGAUUGAGCUGUACCGACUGAAUGAUUGAUUGUUCUUUUUUGUGUUGUAUGUAGCUUAAAACAAAAAUGAAAUCUCAUCCCAACCAAGUGUAGUCUACUGUUAAAAAUUAAAAAAAAAUGUUUUAUAAAUUUGGAAGAAUUUUAGACUUGAAUAUAAAAAAAAAUAUAACAUAACAAAAACAAAACAAAAAUUGACAACAUGUGAUCUUUUAUAUUAUAUAUAAAUAUAUUUACAAAAUAUUUGCCUAAUUAGUAAAAACAAAAGAAAAAAAUAUCUAUGGUUUGUUUUUUUUUUUUA